CUGAGGGAGGAGGAGAGAAAGAGAAGGACCGCGUGAUUCUGAUUUUGGGGAAACAUUCAAUCUUCAUUACAUUUGAAAUGGGGGAUUGGCGGUGCAUGCUGCUUUUGUCUGGUGCAACCUUGCAUGACUUGCCGAGUUUAUAUAUCUCCUCUAGUUAUUGCCAAAAUGAAACAACUGUUAUGAAUAUUUGGGCUUUAUAUAAAGGGUUCAAACAAGGUCCAGAAGUUAUCUAAAGGCUCUCGAGUGCAUUGCCCCUCAAUCUCUCCAUCCCACCAUUUUCAGUUUGCAGGUUUUGAUUUAAGGAUUUAAAGAAAGGGAUCUUGAAGGAGAUCAUGUUAUUUACUCUGGUGUAUUUCAUUUUGGCUAGAUGGUUGAAAUGUGCUGGGGAGGCAAUUUUAAAGAGACAUACUUCCGGCUUCCUUUUGAUCACUGGUGUUGCUUCCAAUUGGCUGACUUGUUUACCGUUUUCAGCACGGAAACAUGUGUAUGAUGUAUUCUUUGUUAACAGUCUUGCCACUGAGGUUGUUCAGAUUUUGGUCCCUUGUCUACAGCAAAGUGGAAGCGGUGAUGUUGGUGUCAAUGAUGUUCACGCCAAUACUGAAAGGUUACUCGUACUUUGCUUUCUUGAAAACAAGGGGGUGCUCCAGAUGGCUAGAGAAUCUGGUGACUGUUUGCAGUCUGAAGAAAAUCUCAAGUCAACUGUUUCUAGAGUAUCACAGAUUGUUGCGUCUAUACCUGACAAAGCAAAAUCGAGAGCCCUGACUUCUCCUUCAUCACACUUGUUCUUUAAGCAAGUUACCAUUCAGCUUCGUUUUCUAGCAGAAGAAGGGAAUAUGGAGAUGUUAGAUGAACGAGCCUUCUGUAAUAAUGACAUGAACUGGACAUUACUGUUCGUUGGGGAAACAUUUCCUGGUAUAUGUCGACGUGGAUCUGUAGAUGUGCUUUUAAGUAAAAUAAUUCCAAGGAUCCUUAGGCAUGUUCGAAGUUUGUCAUCGUCCACUAUGGAGUCACUACGUUCAGAUGUUCUGGAAUCAUCCCCUGGUUCCCAAUUUUGGUUGAAUCUUAUUCAAGCAAUCAAAGAUUCAUAUGCUGGGGAAAAAAUGUCUGAGCAACUUUUACAUCAGCUUGCAACUGAACAAGUGGAUGAUGUUGAAGCUUACCGGAUUCUUUUACUGAACUUGUAAGAAAGCUUGCGGAGAGUGCGUAGUUAAUUUUUAUUGAGCUUCCUUGCGAAUCUAAUUUCGUAAAGUUUGUGAAUGUUCUUAAUAUCUGCUCAUCUUUCAAAAGUAGGAAUUUGUACUCUUAGAUACUGAAUUUGUACUUAGAAAAUGUUUU